AUGACCGCUGCUAUUGGCGAUUUCGGAAUUUCUUCAAUGGUGACCCCCACAGCGAGAAGAAAUUAUGUCGAGCAACGGGCGUGUUGCUGGUCGUCCCCAGAGGUUCUGGAGAGGGAAGAAAACAUAUCUCUCAAAGCGGAUAUCUGGUCGUACGGGGUGUGCGUAUGGGAGUUGUUCUCUCUCGGGGGUGAACCUUAUCAAGAUCAAAAUCUACCCUCGGCUGGAGAACUUCUCACUUUUUUGCAAAAUGGAAAUAUUUUGAAGCAGCCAGAACUAUGCAAUAACAUGGACUACGUUCUUAUGAAAUCCACUUGGAACUUAAAUCCUGAAGAGAGACCCAGUUUUAACUACAUUUCCGACUGGUGGGCCGUGUACUCGCUGAGAUAUUUCGAACCUGGGACGUCUGACCUGGAAGACAAUAACAAUUACUAUGCCGAAGCUGCCGCGAUACUCCAGUGA